AUGCUCUUGAUUACCUGGAACACGGCGGGCUGGUCGUCCACUGUGCGAGCUAUUCGUGAAAGCUACGGAAGUGUUGCGCGUUUCCUUCACUUGACUGGGGCUGACAUCAUCUGCUUGCAGGAAUGCAAAGGUUCAUGGGAGAAACUACAGUCGAAGCCGAUUGAAAUGGGUGCGGAUGAUCCACCCGUUUCGAAACGAACCCUUCCCAAAAGUGCCCCUUCUCCCCUCCAAGGUACUUCCAACCUGCCUGGUGAGGGAAAGAGCCGGGAUGAUGGGCUGAUGGGGGAGAAUAUGCAGGAUUGGGAGUCUUUUUGGUCUUUUAGCGAAAAGGCUCACAAGGGGUUCAAUGGGGUGGUGACGUUUGUGCGGAAGGGCCUCACGCUCGCCUGUGACGCGCGGCCGUUCGACAAGGAUGACUUGAACGAUGAGGGCCGCGUGGUGGUAACGCACCACAGCGCCUUUGUGCUCUUCAACGUGUACGUCCCGAAUGCCCGGGGAAGCGCACGAAGUGAGUACAAAAAGUACUUUCUUCAUUCGCUUGUCGCGGUCAUGGAUCGGGUACGACAGACGUCAAAGAAGCCUUUGAUUUUCGUAGGGGAUUUAAACAUGACCUACCGCGCCGAGGACGCCGCCUGGACGCUGCGUCGUCUGGAUAUUGGCAGGAUGGUGGAAUUAAAUCGACAAUCCAAGGUCCUCCCGGACGACGCAUGGGAAAGCACCUACCCGUAUCUUUCGAAGCCAGCGCUAGGACGUCUGAUGCAGGGGAUAACCCAACUGCUCUGGCGCCGUGCUCUAGAAAUCGUGCGCACGGCGAACUCCUCCUCAUCCUCCUCCUCCUCUUCUUCGAAGAAAGUUGACGACAGAAGUUCAUUGGCUACGGUAAAACUGGACGGAGAACCCAGGCGAGAUUCUUCCCGCAGCACUGCGCAUACUGGCGUCGUUUCGGUGGAUUCUCGCAUCCGCGACGAGUCCGGCAAGGGGGCAUCGGAGCUCCAGAAGGAGCUUCAGAUCGAACAACUACGGAGACUUUGCCUGGCGUCGACAGAGUCGAAUUCCGCGAAAAAAGAGUUCCCAUGCACCCCCCCUUCAUCGCAGUCGAACGCAGGGGGAUCUCCCUCUCCCACAAAUCCAUCCAUCACCCUCGAGGAGCUCUAUGAGGCGGGCUUCUCCAGCGUGUUCAUUGAUGAAAUCUCGACCAACCCUCACGCCAAUAGCUUGCCAAACCGGGAGCUCUACGCCCUCACACGGUAUUGCGGGCUUCCCCCUCACGACGACGAAUCCAUCGCGUUUAUGGACGGACUUUUGAAUCCCCACCACGCACUUGAUUCCACCCCGGGGAUGCGGGAUACCUUCGCGAUGGCGGGGGAGGGGGAUUUUUCCUCACUCGUGUACUGCCCCUGCCCUUUUACCUGCUGGGAUCAGUCGCGGAAUCGGCGGCAAAUGAAUGAGGGAACGCGGCUGGAUUACGUCCUCGUCGACGCGGAGCUCGCGCCGCACGUGGUGCUACCUACGCGAACUGAAAACAACCAUCCAAGCAGCUCUCCUAGUUUUAUCAACCAUGAUGUGGAUCCUCCUCGCCCUCUCGAUGAGGCGACGUUUUUUACGGAGUUUUGUGGGAGCGCCCGCGCGGAGGGGGUUCGUCGCGCGAUGGCUGGUGGGUUAUACCCACCAGCCGCCUUCGAUCGCUCCGGAAUUCCGCCACUCAGCCGGAAUGCCCUUGAUAUUCCCUUCCGUGGGCUCCCUUCCACGGGGUUGUUUAUCACGCCUCCCCAAUUCAGCGAUCAUAUCGGGAUGUGCGUGCUCUUUCGACCGUCAAUCCGAUUAGAACCACGCGCCGAUAAGAUUUUGGGAGCUUCCAAAUGCCUGUAUCGUCCACCUGUUGGUCUGCGUGCGUUUAUGAUGAAGCCGCUGGCCUCGGGGUCGGCUUCAGCUACGAACGUCGAGAAAAAGGCAACCAACUCUGCAGAGGGGAAACUGAAUUUUAAAUUGACUAAUGGAGAAGAAGUAAGCGAUUUCCAAAAGGAGAAAAAGGUGAAGGUUGAAGUAUGCCAUGAACAAAAUGAGGUUAUCGACCUGGACGGUGUAUAA